AUGGAUAAGUACGAGGAGUAUGGCUACGCUGUAGGCUGCCAGGCUGUGGAGACCGAGGAGUACAACUACAAGCGCCAGGCACCGGCGACCAACUGCGUGCCGGACGACAGCCCGGAGUGCGUCAGUGGCACCUGGUACUCUCUGCCCGGGGCAUGCCCUCACAAAACUCUCUACCACAAGACGGACGAGUGCGAGGAGCAGUACCCAAGCGCUAAGUGCGACCACCCGGACGGCUCCUUGACGUGCACCUACAACGUGCGUUAUGCUGGCCAGGUCGAGCUGGACGAGUUGGAAGGAAUCCCCGACUACGAGAAAUGGUGGGUCGACGAGGAUGGUCCUACUGGCAACAUUGAGUACGAGAAAAUUACCGACGACGGCAACGGCACCGCUUGGUGGAACGAGCGUCACAACGAGGAACGUUGCAACUCCCGUAUGGCGCAGGUCAUCGCCUUGUUUGGCAAGCGCUAUCCGGACUUGCCAGACAACUUGCCGGACCCGCCGUGUUUAUAG